GCGGCCGAUGCGGCGGCUUGUCAGUCCGAUAUAGAGGAGGGGGUGGUUACCUCCGAGAAGCUUCACGCGCAUCGAAACGCUCGCUGAUUGUUUGAAGUUGAUACACUCCCGAGUUGCAUGCGUUUUAAAGGAGAGCUAUGCACUUUCCAAACGACGACGAUGAUGCUGAUUUCGCAGUACAGCCUGGAAGCUCGAAACUUGCAAAUCUCUUUUCUGAGGACGACGCUGCGAAAGCUGGUAACAGUUCACUAACGUACACGCCUCCGAGGCAACCAUCCGUCGGCAGAACUUCUGCUGAUAAACAAUCGGCCUCGUCCGGCGUCUUAUCACUACUAUGUGCUGCUGCUGUACAGGCAUUCAAGUAUGAAGGAAAACAGCCAAGCAACCAGGGAAAAUUAGGCAUUGCAGUGCUAGGAAACCAUGAUACAACAAAUUAUAGGCUUAUUUUGUACAAAGAGAAGCAGCAACAGGUGGCUGUUGCUGCGAUUAAUGCACAGUUUGUCAUCAAGGUACAAGGCAACAACUUCUUGAGUUUUGUGGAUGAGAAGCGCUCCAACUGGUCUGUGAAGUUUGACAGCGAAGCAGCAUUGAUCAAUUUUGCGAAGCAGGUUGUCAUAGCAAAGGCAGAAAGUCAUGGUGCUGGCCUUGUCGACCUUGAUAACAUCAUAAGCCAGGACUUAACCCUUGGUGAUGGGGAGAGUGAGGCCCUCAAAAUUGGCAGUACCGCAGUAAUUAAGUACACUGCUUGGGUGCUGCGCGACCACAGCCUCAAAAAGGUCCUUGACACUACUGACAUUGACGAGCCACAGAAGCUCAAGCUUGGCAGAGGAAAACAAGUCAAGGGUUUAGAAGAGGGCCUUGUUGGGUGUAGAAGGAAUUCUCGCCGGUUCCUGGUGGUGCCUCCAUCACAGGGUUAUGGCUCCAAGGGCCUGGGGACCACUGUACCACCAAAUGCCAUUUUGGUGUUUGAUGUAUCUGUUGGACCCAUUAGCAAGUCGAAGUCAGCUACGAAGGAAAGUACGCCACGAUCGUCCACUCCAGUUUCUGUUGCAGCUGAGGACACUGACAGGAAAGAUGGAAGGAGUUAUUCGCACGGCAGCAGUGUGGAUGAACCAGCCCGUUCCAGAGCACCUUCUGCUCCCCCAGACUGGCCACCGCAGCAGCAGCCAGCCGCCACUUCAGCCACAGCUCCAGCUGCAGUCGGCAGUGGCGAGAGCGACAAAGCACGGCUACUUUCACGCAUGGCCAAAAUAGGUGCCCAAAUGCUGCCCAUGGCCGGACCAGUGCCGGCUCAGCCCAGCAGCGACUCCGAAGUGGAGGAGGAACGGCCACCAGCGACUCAGCAGGUUCCUGUGGCAGUGCCUUUGCCACAACCCGCUGCUAGAGAAGGCUCUCCUAAGCCAAUGGUGAAACCACGCACCUUCUCGCAGCACUCCUUAGGAGACGCAGUUGCGCACCCUACUCCGAUUCCACCUACGCUGCAGCCCAUGGUCAGCUCCUAUGCCCCAGCAGCCCCCACCAUGCCUGCAGCCCCACACAUGGCCUUGUACCAAGCACAGAGCCAGCUUGCACAGGGUGCACUGGCUGCCUACCCAUACCAGCAGCAGAGCCUCCUGCUGCCACCAGGAGCCCACUCCUACCCUACUGCUCCUGUGCCAACAGCCACAAGUGCAGCGGUUGACAUGCAGUUACCCUUGCUGCUAUCAGAGACACGCUCACAGAACACAGAAGUCAGGCUGAAUAUUUCCAAGCUCGCUGACAAGGUGGAUGCAAUCCUUGGAAAGCUCGAUGCAGUAAAGUCCCAGCUGCCUUCAGCUCCACUGCUGGGCUCUCACAUGGAUAGUGAUGUACUACUUUACAACAUUCAAAGGAUAGUCCAGGACAAUGAGAAGCUUAAAAACGAUAAUAGCGAGAAAGACCACAAGAUCCAAGGACUUAAUGAGAAGAUUUGUGACCUGCUGCAGAAAAACCAGAGGCUCAUGGAGGAGAGUAACAGCAUGUUUGAGCAGAGGAGUGAUGCUUUGCACAGCUCUGCAGCCAAUUCCCAGGCACGCCUCUUGGCUUUAGAAACGGAAAAGAUGGAGGCUACCGAGCGCCUUGCCCAGGCCCUCUCUGCGUUGGCUUCACUAAGGGCUGAGCUGAGCGAAAGACAGCAAAAAGAGUGCCAGGCUCAAAAAGAGCUUGAGGAGCUACGAAGUACAUCUGAAGGUAAAGCAGACACAUUGAAGUCAUUGGAGGACAGCCUGAAGGAAAAGGAAGAACUGAGGAAACAUCUGGAGGAAACACAGCGACAAGAAAAAGAACUGCGCAAUGCAACAUAUAUUUACGAGAAGAAAGUGGCAGCGGCGAACGAAGCCCUUUCUAUAUGUCAGAACGAAUGUGACGACCUCCGGUCACAAAUUAAUCAGCUGAGAGAAACACACAAGGAGGAAGUCACUUCACUUGCAUUAAAGAUUUCUGAGCUUGUUGCUGGAGGAGAAUCAAAGAGCAAAGAGUUAGAAAAGCUGAAGCAGCUGCAACAAGAAAAUCAAGCUUCGGGUGUUGCUAGCACUUCCACCGCCACUGCCUUUGAUUUUGAGGCUGAGUUGAAAAAAAUUAUGAAUGUGCUAUUCAAGCUGCUUCAACGAGAGUUCAGUAGUCAAGAAACUUAUUCAAGGAAAGAAGCCCUGCAGAUCAUCCUAACCAUCAUCAGGGGUUACACAACAGAAGUCCUGCAGAAGAGACAAGCGCCUUCUACGAGUAAUGAGAGCACUAGCAAAAGUUCCCCUGCAUCCACUGCCAGCAAUAGCAGCACUGGAAGUCCACCAGCCAGUGGCCCUACUAGCGCCGCUGCUAGUGCCCCAGCUAGUGAGACUGCCGCACCCCAACUGCCAAAAAACCUUGGAGAAACUGAAAAGGUAGAAAACAAGAACCAUGGAAGCCCUGAGACACCACCGGCAACAGAAGAGCCUUCGUCAACGCCGUCGACGGGCCCAGCUGGCGAUGAUGUGUCUAGCCAUUGCAGUGAGCCCGUGGAGCUUGCCCCUGAAGAUUCCAACUCAAAAUUUGCUGCUGCCAAGCUGCCUGAAACAGGGGCUGAAGAACCUGGGCAGCUUAAUGUGCCAGUCGUCCAAGCUGAUGAAGAGAAGGAUGCAGCAGACAGCACCAAAGAAAAGGGAUCGGGUGAUGCAGGAUUAUCAAGUUCAGCUGAAGGUAAGACUGGAUCCGUACCUCCAGCUGACAGCAAGAGUGUUCAGCCUCAGGACUGGGAAUCCUUUCUUGCAUCACUUCAGCAGGCUAGUCGUGUGUAUGGACAAAACAUUCCUCCUGUGUGGAUGACCUUGCUUAGUUUGGCUGGCCUCAUAGUAAGCCUGCUAGCUGUGAGGUAUGGCCUAUACUACUAAGCAAGUCAUGGAAACCACAGCCGCCCCCACCCCCACUCUUCGACGAAUAUGACGAAGAUGAUUGGUUGAACUGACCAUGGGCCUUUUAAAACAUCUAGCAUUCCUCGACUUUACUACUCGCAGACAGUUGUGAUUUGAACACUUGCAUGACUACUUUUU